AUGACAGCUUUUAAGAUUGUCAUAACCAUUAUGGCACUGGCGUUAUUAGCGGCUUCGAUAACAGCCUUUACAGAACUUUCGAAAGGUUCUAUCCUCAUUACCAAAAGUGCACAAAACACAGAGCCACAAUUAAUUGGAGGUAAAGAGGACAUUGACAAAGGUGAAAUACUGAUCAAAUCUGGAAGACCCAAGGAUUGCACCCCGCUGCACUUCUCUCCGGUGGCUUUACCACACAUUGCUCUUGUGAGUGUACCAGGGAGUGGAAACACAUGGGUCAGACACCUCAUUCAACAAGCAACGGGCAUAUACACUGGCUCUAUAUACAAUGAGACAAAACUCGAUCAAGAGAUAUUUCCAAAUGAUCCUAAAAAUAAUUCAGUCAUUGUGACGAAACGACACACAAGAUGGUCUGAAAAGAAUGGCAUUACAAAGGCCAUUCUAUUGGUUCGUACUCCAUUUGAUGCGAUUGUUGCAGCUUUUAACAGGAUUGAUACAAAGAACAAAACUGAGACAGCGCCCAAAAAACGAUUUCUGUCCAAAGACUGGGAGAGAUUUGUGAGUUUACGGAGCUCGUAUUGGUUAUACCAUGGUGUCACUUGGUUAGCAUUUCCUUUUGGCCCCAUACACAUUGUCAGAUAUGAAGAGCUGAAAGUAAAUCUUAAGGAUGAGUUGAGAAAGAUUUGUAUUUUCCUUGGUCAUCCAGUUUCUGAAAAGACACUCGACUGUGUAGUUCAAAAUGCUGAAGGUGCAUACAAACGAAAAAGAACCAUAACCGAUAGAAGUAUUUUCCCUCCAAAGAUUCAGAAACGAUUAGAGGCCGAUCAAAUAUAUUUUGAUUAUAUUGCUAAAGGUUACAACGUUUUGUAUCGUGCUGAUACAUUUGAAUAAAAAUGAAUCACAAUACUGA